CCCCCCUCUCCUUCCUCGACAGCCAUGUCUUCCGUCGUCAGCCGCGCGGCGCCCACCGAAGAGGCCACCACCCUCACCCCGCCCUUGACGCCCCCUGCGGCGAGCAAGGGCGUGAAGGAGGAAGAGCCCGCCGACGCCAACAUCCCCGACAACUAUGUCUCCUGGACGAUCAAGAACCAGAAGCCUCGUCCUCCAAUCAGCUGGGACAACUGGUGGAAGGAGCUCAACUACCUCACCAUCUCUAUCCUCACCAUCACCCCUGCCAUUGCCAUUUACGGCGCGUUCAACGUGCCGCUUCGCUGGGAGACCGCGGUUUUCAGCGUGUUCUAUUACUUCGUGACUGGCCUCGGUAUAACCGCCGGCUACCACCGCCUCUGGGCACACAGGUCGUACAACGCGUCGAAGCCGCUCCAGUACUUCCUUGCGAUUGCGGGCGCAGGCGCCGUCGAAGGUUCGAUCAAAUGGUGGUCGCGCGGCCACCGUGCGCAUCACCGAUACACUGACACGGAACUCGACCCGUACAACGCGCACGAGGGCUUCUGGUGGUCCCACAUUGGCUGGAUGCUGGUGAAGCCUCGCCGAAAGCCUGGGGUUGCGGACGUGAGCGAUCUGAGCAAGAACGAGGUCGUGAGGUGGCAGCACCGCUGGUACCGCACGCUCAUCAUCACUUGCGGCUUCGUCCUUCCGACCGUCGUCUGUUGGCUUGGUUGGGGCGACUUCUGGGGCGGAUAUGUCUUCGCAGGUGCUGCCCGUCUUUGCUUCGUCCAUCACUCCACCUUCUGCGUAAACUCGCUCGCGCACUGGCUGGGAGAGACCCCGUUCGAUGACAAGCACACUCCUCGCGACCACGUGAUCACCGCGUUGUGCACCAUUGGCGAGGGCUACCACAACUUCCACCAUCAGUUCCCCAUGGACUACCGGAAUGCCAUCAAAUGGUAUCAGUACGACCCCACCAAGUGGUUCAUCUGGGUCUGCUCGCAACUUGGUCUCGCUAGUCACCUCAAGGUGUUCCCCGAGAACGAGGUCGCGAAGGGCCAGCUUACUAUGCAGCUCAAGCGUCUUCGUGAGAAGCAGGAAGGGCUCACCUGGGCUCCCGACAGCAACGAUUUGCCUGUUAUUAGCUGGGAGAGCUUCCAGGAGCAGGCUACGAAGCGCCCACUUGUCGUCGUGGCUGGUUUCAUUCACGAUGUCGCUUCAUUCCUAGACGAGCACCCCGGUGGCCGUCAUCUGAUUGCGAAGAUGAUUGGCAAGGACGCAACGACGGCAUUCUUUGGUGGCGUUUAUGACCACUCGAAUGCUGCCCACAAUUUGCUUUCUAUGAUGCGCGUCGGUGUGCUGCAUGGCGGUAUCCAGCACGGUCUCGAUGACAAGCGCGUUCCUCCAUCGCAACGCCUACGGGUUGCACGAUACAAUGAGCUCGCCUCCCCGUACGCCUCCUCGACAGCGGCGUCGGAUUACGAGGGCAUGCUCGGUUGAGCAUGAUCUCGUUCCUUGGUUGAGUCUCUUCGUGGUUCACGUUACGGCAUUACAUGUUUCGCGCAUCUCGUACAAUUUCGCUGCCCCGCUCUCGCAUCAACACUGGUCGUUUCGUUGCAUAUAGUAGAAUUCUCGUUAGAGUGAAACCUGGACCGCAUCGUGCGGUCUGCGAUGGGAUUUGGAGAGAUGGUCCGUGGUGUCAUGUCGGUGACGAUGGAGGACUGGAUGUGUCGUCGUAGGAGGGGCCACUGAAUGAUCAUGAGUCUGUACUAGCAUUGGAAUACAUGAUUUCAGUUGUAUUCUUCGGCCACUUUGCCUGGAACGUCCCUUCACGGUCGAUUAUCGCAGCCGUACUAAUCGCCUUGGUGGUAUGCAUGUCGCUCG